AUGGCAGGAAAUCAACCAGAUAUGAGGGUGGGCCUCUUGCCCUCGGUUCAGCCCAUCGGCGAGAAAAUUGUUCCGCAUAUCACCGUCUUUGUCCGAGUGCCCGAUGAAGAGGCCCUUCGACCGCACCUCUACCAAGCCCGCCUGGAGCUCGCCGUCGUUGACGGCAGACGGCUGGAGAAGAACCAGUCUGCCCAUGGCGUCGACUCGGUCCUGAGUGGUGUCAACGUAGUUCCCCUGAGCGCGACCUUUUCAGGCAAGAUGUGGUUCGCCUUUGAGAAUCUCGAGUUCCGACCUGCAGCCGCGGGGCACACAUAUCAGUUGCGUGUUAGCGUCUGGAAGAGUGCCCAUGACGAGAAAACCAACAUUUGGAAACAGCCCAGCCUGCUCACUGACGUCCUCACCAAGAGCGUUGCCGUUGUGCCGGCCGGUCGGCCUGUAGAGCGCCGCAUCAACGAUGAGGUGCACGAAUGGGACAAGGGGACUGUUGAAAGUGUCCUGAUUGUACGCAACAGGGAACCGUCGUUGAGCGUGGAGAACUGCGUCGCCAUGUGGCCGCGGCCAAAGGCGAUCAUGCAUGCGGAGCUCGACCAGGGUCCCUGGGCGGCCACGUCGUAUAGCAGGAGCUCUGCGCCUCCCUCUUGAAGACUUCUGAGAACUAAAUAAGAUGCGGAUAACGGCCGAAAUGAAUGACGACGGGCUGUGCAAGGG